AUGGAGGUCGCUCGUACCUCCUUGAUCCAUGCGGCUGCCCCCCACUUUCUGUGGCCGUUUGCAGUCCGCUACGCUGCGCAUCAGCUCAACCUCUGGCCUCGUGUCUCCUUGCGGGAGACCUCGCCCACACUGCUGUGGACGGGGGAGGUUGGCGAUGCGUCGCGUUUUCGGGUCUGGAGAUCUAGAGCUUUUGUCCGCGAUACGUCUGCGGACAAGCUCUCCUCCCGCGCUGUUCCUUGUGUCUUCCUUGGCUUUGUCCCGGACGCGUCUGGUUGGCAGUUUUACCACGCCACCUCGCACCGUGUCCUGCCCUCUCAGGACGUCACUUUUGACGAGUCGGUGCCCUACUACCGCCUCUUCCCCUACCGCACUGCCCCGCUCCCUCCCCCGCCUCUCUUCCUCGCGCCAGGUGCUGCUGUGGUAGACCCCCUCCCCCCUCAGGGUGCCGCUCCCUCAGGUGUGUCCCAGCCUGGGGGUGCGGAGCCUGGGGUUGCGGAGUCUGGGGGUGCUGAGUCUGGGGGUGCUGAGACUGGGGGUGCUGAGACUUCGGGUACUGAGUCUGGGGGUGCUGAGCCUGGGAGUGCUACACCUGGAGGAGCUCUCUCCUCCGAGCAGCUGCGUGAGUGGUACUUACAGUACUGCAGCCUCAGGAGAGGUGCUUCUAGAGCUCGGAGAGCUGCUGGAGCUGGUGCUAGUGCUUCCCCUCCUAGGCGGGCGCUGCCCAGCUCCGCGAGUGCUGCUGGAGGUGCUGCUGGUGCUGCUGGAGGUGCUGCUGGUACUGGUGCUGCUGGUGCUGGUGCUGCUGGAGCUGCUGGAGGUGCUGCUGGAGCUGCUGGAGGUGCUGCUGGUACUGGUGCUACUGGUGCUGGUACUGCUGGAGCUGCUGGAGGUGCUGCUGGUACUGGUGCUGCUGGUGCUGGUGCUGCUGGAGCUGCUGGAGGUGCUGCUGGUACUGGUGCUACUGGUGCUGGUACUGCUGGAGUUGCUGGAGGUGCUGCUGGUACUGGUGCUACUGGAGCUGCUGGAGGUGCUGCUGGAGCUGCUGGAGGUGCUGCUGGUGCUAGUACUCCUGGAGCUGCUGGAGGUGCUACUGGUGCUGGAGCUGCUGGAGCUGCUGGCCUUGGAGGUGCUCGUACUGGUGGGACUGGAGCUGCUGAGGGGGUUGGAGCUGGAGGUGCUGAGCGGCCGAGGCCGUACUACGUUCCACUCCUUCAGCAGGUUCUUGGUCUCCCGCCCUCUACUGGUCCUUCUCCUCCCCUACUGAGUCCACCACCUGUCCCGUCGCAAUCACAGUUACAGCCUGCCUCUCCACUGCCUGGUCCUUCUCCUUACACUGCGCCGACAGGUAGCUUUACGGAGCGUCGUGAGCCUGAGUCUCGUCCUCCGUCGCCUGAGUCUAGUCCUGCGUCUUCUGAGACUCGUCCAGAGUCGCCUGUCCGCACUGCACGCACUGGUCGUCGUGCUCCACGUGAGCGUCCUCCUCCUGUCCUUGGCACUCACUACAUGACCCUGCGUCAGUCCACUGCUCCACAGCGCGUCCCUCUGCCGUCUCCUCCUGCGUCCUCUCUUCCUGACGUUGCCGACCCGCCGUCACACCUUACUCGUGCUGCCAGUCCUACUGUCGUGCGUCUCCUUGCCACUGUUGUCACUGACCCUACCUUUGAGUCCUCUGCUGCGUCUGCUCUAGUCGCUGAGCUUGUUGACUUUGCUGCCGCCUGUCGUCUAGACUACGCCGCUAGCCUUGUCGCUGAGUCUGAGUCUGUCUGUCCUCCGUCCGUCGGGGGUGAGUGUGCUCUUGGCACGGACGGAGACCCGGAUGCACCAGACAUCCCGACCCCACGCUCCUACGCAGAGGCGAUGGAGGGUGAGUACUCCUCUCAGUGGCAGACAGCCAUGGACGCAGAGAUGGCUUCCUGGAAGUCCACAGGCACCUACGUCGACGAGGUUCCCCCACCUGGGGCGAACAUCGUCAGUGGCAUGUGGAUUUUCAGGGUGAAGCGGCCGCCGGGUUCUCCGCCUGUCUUCAAGGCGCGUUACGUUGCACGAGGCUUCAGUCAGCGAGAGGGAGUUGACUUCUUCCAGACCUUCUCCCCGACCCCGAAGAUGACCACUCUUCGGGUUCUGCUGCACGUCGCCGCUCAGCGUGACUACGAGCUCCACUGCCUUGACUUCAGCACUGCGUUCCUACAGGGCACCCUACACGAGGAGAUCUGGCUGCGCCGCCCACCUGGCUUCACUGGGUCGUUCCCUCCUGGUACCCAGUGGAGCCUCCGGCGGCCGGUCUACGGUCUCCGCCAGGCGCCCCGUGAGUGGCACGACACACUGAGGACUACUCUUGCUGCUCUUGGGUUUGCUCCUUCUACUGCUGACCCGUCGCUGUUUCUACGCACCGACACCACUCUGCCGCCGUUCUACGUUCUCGUGUACGUAGACGACUUGGUCUUUGCUACUUCUGACACUGAGGCACUCGCCCACGUGAAGUCGGAGCUGCAGAAGAGACACACGUGCACAGACCUGGGUGAGCUGACAAGCUAUCUUGGCUUGCGGAUCACCCGGGACAGAGCACAGCGCACCAUCACCUUGACUCAGUCACACAUGGUGCAGCAGGUCCUUCAGCGCUUCCGCUUCACGUACUCCUCGCCUCAGCCCACUCCUCUGCCUACCGGUCACUCGCUCUCAGCUCUGCCUUCGGAAAAGUCCGUAGAGCCGAGUGGCCCGUAUCCAGAGCUUGUGGGCUGCCUCAUGUACCUGAUGACCUGCACUCGACCUGACCUAGCCUACCCUCUUAGCAUCCUAGCACGCUAUGUCGCUCCUGGCCGUCACCGGAAGGAGCACAUGGAUGCCGCUAAGAGGGUGUUGCGCUACUUGUGCAGUACGUCGGGCAUGGGGCUUGUGCUUGGAGGACGGCGCGACGUUGUCCUCACUGGACACUCAGACGCUUCUUGGGCUGACGACCAGGCUACGCAGCGGUCGUCUCAGGGUUACACCUUCAGCCUUGGCUCUGGCUCUGUUUCCUGGCGUUCUACACGCUCUUCCUCUGUUCUCAGCUCCAGUUGUGAGGCUGAGAUCUACGCCAUAGCCAUGGCUGUCCAGGAGCUACGCUGGCUCACCUACCUGCUGACCGACCUCGGAGAGCGGCCUAGUUCUCCUACAGUGCUAUACGUCGACAACAAGGCAGCCAUUGCCUUGUGUGAGGAGCACAGACUGGAGCACAGAACGAAGCACAUCGCUCUGCGCUACUUCCUUGCUCGAGAGCUGCAGCAGCGUGGUCAGCUUCGUCUUACCUACGUGGCCACUCGGGCCAACACUGCUGAUGUGUUCACCAAGGCACUUCAGCCUUGUGACCAUCAGCGUUUCUGUACUGUUCUAGGCCUUGUGCCUACUCUCCCUCACUUGCUCACUUCUUGA